GAGCGCAGAAGGAAGAUGUCCGCCGCGGUGCCUGACGGGAAGAAGCUGGUCCGCAGCCCCAGCGGCCUGCGCAUGGUUCCGGAAGCCGGAGCCUUUACGUGCCCGUUCUCCCAGGAAGAGCCGCGCUGGGUGCCCGACAGAGAGUGUGCGAGGUGUAUGCAGUGUGACACCAAGUUCGACUUCAUCAGAAGAAAGCAUCACUGCCGGCGCUGCGGCCGCUGCUUCUGUGAUAAGUGCUGCAGCAGGAAGGUGGCGCUGCCGCGCAUGUGCUUCGUGGAUCCGGUGCGACAGUGCAGCGAGUGCAGCCUGGUGUCGCAGAAGGAGAUGGAGUUCUUCGACAAGCAGCUCAAAGUUCUCCUGGGAGGCGGAACUUUCCUCGUGACUCAGGGGACGUCAGAGAAGUCGGAGACGAUGACGUGUCGUCUCUCCAACAACCACAGGUAUCUGUUCCUGGACGGAGAAAGCCACUUCGAGGUGGAGUUGACUCGGAUGUCCACCAUGCAGAUCCUGACGGACGGGACGAGUCCAGGAGGGGGGACGUCUCGGGCCAGCGGUAUGCUGCUCCACUACAAGCCGAUGGGCUCCCAGGACUCGCAGCAGCUCCGCCUGGAGGCAGCGGACGACAAGAAGGUCGCUGCGCUGUGGUUAGCUGCAAUGCACAAGGCGGCCAAGCUGCUGUACGAGUCUCGGGACCAGUGACGUGCGGCGCUCCAGCGGGUCGCACCACCCAGCACACACCCAAGUGUUCUGUCCCCGUCGCACCGGGGGUUCGAUAUCUUUUGGAUUUGUAUCAACGCCAGUUCUGCUUCUGCUUCUGAUUCCUCCUCGGUUCUUAUUAUCAUGCUAAUUUUUUCAACAAAGAAAUGUUUAUAGAGAAAAAACAAACUUUAUUACCUCUUUAACCAGUGCAUCAUGUUUACCACACGUAGGCAGUUUUUGCUUUAUGAUUUAUGAUUUAUGAUUUCAUGCUGCGUCUUUGCCAAGUCUUGAAAAGGAGAUUCUUUAAAGGGACUUUCCUGGUUUAAUUCAAAUGUAGUAACACAUGAAUCAGGGGAUGCAGCAUUAACGUUUCAACAUAACAGUGUAGUCACUACUUUCUUUUUCCAAGUUAAACUUUGACGUCUGUGACUUUAUUUCAUUAUCCGUCUUUCACGAUGACACACUAACUUUAUAUGCUGCUGUUUAUUAUCCGUGUGCGUGAAGGAGGAUUUUAUUUCCUGGUAGAAGUGAUGAGUCACUUUCUUGAUCCCUGUGGGGACGUUUUGGGUUGUUUGUUUUUUUUGCUCAAGGGACCUUCAGCAGAUCUUCCAGAUUAAACCUGGUCGCCCGCAGGUUAAAGGACAGAUCCGCCUUAAAUCCCUUUAAUGAGGAGAGAGAGCGGCCAAGUGUAAUUUACAGCACAUACAGGAAGUCUUGAAAGGCAUUCUGGGAAAUGUAGGUUCCUCUAACGGGAGCAGAGGCAGGAAACUUUCAGAAUAAUCCCUGAAAUGCAAAGAACAUCACAGAUUCAUUCACUUUCUAUAAAAGUCAGGCGGUGGAUCUUUCUUUUAAUCGUGCGACCGUUAUAGAUUUAGAUUUUUAAAACGUUCCGGUGACACUUGAACGUUUUCAGUAACUUUUCUCUCUGCUCCAAGUAUUUACAGAUUAAACUCUGGAGGAAGCGACGGAUUCUUCACUGAUUCUAGUGAAACACAGUUAAUGCUUUAAAUGUAGUUUCAUGUAUUGGAAGUUUUGUACGAGCUAUUUUGUUUAAUAUUCCUACUUUAACACAAGUUGUGUUCGUACUUAUGUAAUUUUUUAAUCUGAGGUAUGACGAUAGUUUUUGUAAAACUUGUAUACAGCUCUUCCUUUUCUCCUUUUUCACAUUUUUGUCCUCGUCAUCGUGCAGAGACGCGAGCUCGACAGGUUGUUAGUUGUGCUUCCGGGGAAAUAUUAAAAACAGAAAUUUAGUGUUGACACAGAUGGUGAAGGGGUAAAUUAAAUUUCAACCAGAGCAAGAAGGAGUUUACUUUUGUGCUGCAGCUUUCUGUGUUUCUGAAAAUCAGAUUCCAACUUCACGUCGUCGAUAUUUAAGGUUCAACGUUCACAGAUCAAUUCCCUGACGUUUGUUAUCUCGUUCCUUUCAAGUUCCCUCGUAAAGUUGUGAAGAAAAAGAUUUGAGCCACAAUUUGACGCUAAAUCAACACGUGCAUCUGUAACAUUCACAACCUCGAAAAUACAUUUUAGCUUUAACAUGAAGUGAAUGUGUGGAUUUAACAGAUUCAUUCGAGAUGAUGCAAGAUUGUGAAUUAAGCUCAAGUGUUGGGACACAACUCAGUUUUUGGCUCAGGAGAUUUAACUGUUAAACUUUAUUGACAGUGAACAUGAUGACAAACCAACUCCACCUGCUGAGGAAGACAAUGAUGUGCAGUGGAAAUCUGCUCAGUGGACUUUCAGAUUAAUUCACGACCUUAGAUCCGAUCCAACACCCCAGUGAAAAGUGUAAAAUGAUAAAUGUACAGUUUUGCUUCAGUCGCUGACACUUGGUGCUUUAAGUAAAUUCUUGUUUUUUUUAAAUCCUGCCUGCACCCGCGUGUCUUCCCUUCCUGUCUGAGCUUGAAGACGCUUUCGGGUUUAACGCCGCUCCGACCGGUUUGUCGACUUUCUCGUCGCACGGAGUGAAAACUGCUUCCUCCUCCUCCUCCUCCACUUUGUAACGUAAAGUUUAUUUUUAUAUGCUGCUCACCUAAGAAUUAAAAAUCCCGUUGUCGCUUGGAUCGAGGCUCCAGAUGGAAGAGGGAGGAGGAGGGCGUGAGGAUCUGAGGAAACAGUCGGGGGUUCGAUGUCGAUUCUCUUCCAUUGUACUUCUGUUUGCUUGUGGAGAUUAUUAUCUGCACAGUUUCUGUUGUACGUUUGCACCACCUGUGAAAUCACCAAGUUCGUGUUGGCACCCCUCCCCCCCCCACUAUGUGACUUCUGCCCCUUUUCAUCCCACGUCUGGUUUUUAUUCUUCUGAAAAUGCUUCACUUCACCUCCUGUUGGUUUGUUCUGUUGAGAAUAAAAAGAAGUGUUUAUACGUC